AUGGCUGACGAGUACGCAGCCUUGAAGCAGAUGUUGCAGCAGCAGCUGAAGCUGAUGGAGGCUCUGACCGUCAAGCUAUCCAAUUCAUCUAUGGGCCAAUCAAGCGCGGCUGGUGGUUCACAAUCUGUUGAUCACAUUGCCGGCAGCAUCACCGAAUUCUUGUAUGACCCGCAGGCCCAUAUCACCUUUGAUUCCUGGUACAAGCGAUACGAGGACUUGUUCUCUGUCGAUCUGGCUGCCCAGGACGAUGCAUGGAAGGUCCGACUUCUACUUCGCAAACUGGGUCCGGCUGAACACGAGUGUUAUGCAAACUUCAUCCUUUCCAAGAAUCCCCGGGAAGUCGCUUUCAAGGACACGGUUCAGACGUUGUCGCAGAUUUUUGGUGAGCAAUCAUCCCUCUUCAACACUCGAUUUCAGUGCUUGCAACUGUGCAAACGAGCUUCCGAUGAUUUCAUCACGUACGCGGGCAUUGUUAAUCGUGAGUGUGGGCGUUUCCAACUCGGUUCUCUCACUGAAGACCAGUUUAAAUGCCUUAUAUUUAUCUGCGGCCUCCAGUCCCCCAAGGAUGCUUUUAUCCGGACACGUCUCCUGUCCAAAGUGCAGCAGAACAACUCUACCACACUCCAAGAGCUGGCAGCAGAGUGCCAAACGCUGAUCAAUCUCAAGCACGACUCUGCAAUGAUUCAGAACCCGGCCUCAUCAUUCUCAGUCCAUACGGUCACAUCGACCAAAUCGCAUCCUGUUACACGGCCCAAGCAAGUGUCCAAGUCGAGAUCUCCGCCAUCUCCUUGUCGGCACUGUGGCGUGUGGCAUUUCCACUGGGAUUGCACUUUCCGCCAGCAUCGCUGCCAAAGCUGUAAUCAGGUGGGACACCGUGAUGGGUUCUGCAAAUCAUUGCCAGCUUCUGGAGGCAAGCCAGCCCCCGCCACUCCUAAUUCCAGGCACCGUUUCCGGUCAAAACGCAAGCCCAAACCCCAGUCCGUGGGUAAUUCUCUGAGUCUCUUGGCCGUUUUCCAGCUCAAUGCGUCUGGUCGUAGAAAAUUUGUUGAUGUCUUGCUCAAUGGCCAUGCAGUUCGUCUACAGCUGGACACUGCCUCAGAUAUCACCAUCAUCUCUGAGAGACUCUGGCAGUCCCUUGGCAGCCCAACGAUGCAGCAGACUUCCCAGUCCGCCACAAGCGCGUGCGGUGGUCUCGUACAGCUAAUUGGGCAGCUGCAAUGCUGUGUGUCGUUCCGCGGUACCAGCAUCACUGCGAUCUGCUACAUCACCUAG